AUGGAUAGGAUUAGUAAUCUGUCGGAUGAUUUGCUCUUGAAGAUUUUGUCAGAACUUCCUACCAAAGAUGUGGUCGCAACGAUGCUUUUGUCGAAACGUUGGAAGCUUCUUUGGACGAUGGUUACAAAGCUUGAUUUUGAUGAUAGUGUAAAGGAAUACAUUGGCAAGAAUGCUUACAGGAAAUUUCAAGAAUAUAUUGACAGGUUUCUGGUAUCGCAUAAGUCUCCGGUUCUUGAAACUUUGAAGUUCAACCUUCGUUGUCGGUUUUCCAACGCUGCUGACAUGUCAACAUGGAUCAGAUUUGCAAUUGCUCGUCGUGUGCGCGAACUUGAAGUUAACCGGUGUCUUGAAGCCCGUUUCAUGUCAAUCACAGUGCCAGCGUGUUUGUAUACAUUCGAAAAGCUUGUGGCUUUGAAACUUUGUGGAUCGAUAAAUUUGGUUGUUCAGAAGGAGGUUUGUCUUCCGUCUCUGAAAUCAUUACAUCUUUUGAGGGUGCAGUACGUAGGCAAAACAUAUCUUGACAGGCUUUUAGCGGGUUGUCCCGUUCUUGAAGAGUUGGUUCUUGACAUACGUGAAUACGACCCUGAACAGUCUUUCUCUGUUAUAAUGCCUUCCUUAGAGAGAUUAUCUAUCCUUAAUAUUAAUAAGCAUCACGAACAAAACCCUGUUGAGUACACACACUAUUUGAAGAGAAAAUUUGUGAUUAAUGUUCCGUCUUUGAAGUACUUAAACUAUGAAGAUACAUUCAACAGUGGUCAUUCGUGUUCGAGUGAGAAUAUGACUGAGUUGGUUGAGGCUAAUGUAAAGCUUGUUUGCAAACGUCCUCAGAAGCUAAUGAGAUCUCUCACAUCAGUCAAGCGCCUCUCUUUAUGUUUAAACGGGUCAAUGCUUAAGCAUCGUAUUGACUUCUGUCAGCUUGUUCACCUAGAGCUAUGUGGAGGUGGCCCAAAAUGGUGGAAUUUACUUAAUUGGAUGCUCCAGAGUUCUCCUAAACUACAAGUUCUCAAGCUCAACAAGUGUAAGGACCGCUGGUUUUGUUCCUUAGAGCCUAAUAUUGAAGAUCGUUGGGUACAACCGAGUUCUGUUCCUGAAUGCUUGUUGUUCCAUCUCAAUACUUUCGUGUGGAAGUACUACAAUGGAAGAGAGGAAGAGAAGAAACUGAUGACGUACAUCCUUAGGAACGCAAGGUGUUUGAAGACUGCCACUUUCUCUGCUUUGGAAUUUGAAUCGAAGGAAAAGGCAACUAGGAAAGUCCAAGAGUUGGUUUCUCUUCCUAGAGCUUCAAGUUCAUGUAAACUUAUUUUGGUUUGA